AUGUACACACUCGUCGCUGGAGGUUAUCGUUCUUCUAUCGCUUUACUUCAAUUCGAACCUUCCACCGCAAAACUUAAGCUCGUAUCUGAAUCUGAAACUCCUGAAAACCCUUCUUGGGUAGAGAAGAGUAAAGUUAAGUCUGGGGUUUUGUAUUCCCUUUCUGAGAACGACGAUGGUUUAGCUUUAAGUCUCGCUUUAAGAGAUGAUAAGAUUAUCGUGACUGGUCAGAGAAAAACUUAUGGUGGUGCUACUCAUGUACACUGCAUGAAAGAUGGUUCAGGUAUCGUCAUAGCCAACUUCAUAGGAGGUUCCGUAAUCUUCUUUCCUCUUAAUCCUGAUGGAUCUCUUUCCCAGACAUCUGAAUCACCAAAAUUACAAUUUCCUAAUUUAUACGAAGACAAAUCUCCUAAUCCUGAACGUCAAGACUCACCUCAUGCUCAUCAAGUACUCGAAGGUGAGAAUGGAGUAAUGUACAUCCCUGAUUUGGGGAAUGAUAGAGUAUGGAUAAUCGGUAGGGUAGGAGAGAGUGGAUUGGAAAUUCGAGGAGAAUUAAAAUGUCCUCCUGGUUCAGGACCUAGACAUGGUGUUAUUUCAGAUGAUUUGAAACAUCUUUACAUUCUAUCCGAACUCACUCAUAUAAUCUAUUGUUUCAUCCUCCCUCCACCACCUUCAUCAAACCCUACGACAUUCCCGAUAAUCUCUCCAGUUCAAGAGUUUUCAAUUAACAUCUUACCACCUACCAUCUCCCCAAAUCAAAGUGAUCCCAUGCUUUCUGCGGAAAUCGUUGCUCAUCCUCAAUACCCAAACGUCCUCUACGCUUCUAAUCGAGCUGAAAUGGAUAUAAAUGAUCAUCCUUCUGGAUCUAUCCAAGGAGACGCAGUGACAGUGAUCCUUCUCAGUGAAGAUGGAGAAAAAUGUCAAUCUAUCACACAUGUCAGGACGGGAUGUAAUAAUAUCAGAGCUUUGAGUAUCAGUCCUGAUGGUAGAUAUGCAAGUUUGGCAGGUCAGAAUGGUGGUGGGAUUGAAAUUUGGGCUAUCAGUGGUGAAAGGGGAGAAAAUUGGAAGUUGGCUGCAAAAUUGGAGAAUUUGAAGAAGAUUACAGAUAUCGUCUGGAUUUGA